GUUAGGCGGGGCGGGUGGGAGGGACAGCAUGGCGGCCACGUUCUUCGGGGAAGUGGUGAAGGCGCCGUGCCGAGCCGGGACGGAGGACGAGGAGGAAGAAGCCGAGGGGAGAACGGAGACGCCCGAGGACAGGGAGGUGCGGCGGCAGCUGGCGCGGAAGAGGGAGGUGCGGCUCUUUCGAAGACAAACAAAAUCAUCUUUGGAAGUUUCUCUGCUGGAAAAAUAUCCUUGCUCCAAGUUUAUCAUUGCUGUUGGAAACAAUGCAGUAGCAUUUUUGUCGUCAUUUGUUAUGAAUUCAGGAGUCUGGGAAGAAGUCGGUUGUGCUAAACUCUGGAAUGAAUGGUGCAGAACAACGGACACGGCACAUUUAUCCCCCUCAGAGGCUUUCUGCGUGUUUUAUCAUCUAAAGUCAAACCCCUCGGUUUUCCUUUGUCAGUGCAGUUGCUACGUUGCUGAAGAUCAGCAGUAUCAGUGGCUGGAAAAGGUUUUUGGCUCUUGUCCAAAGAAGAAUAUGCAAGUAACUAUUCUCACCUGUCGACAUGUUACUGACUAUAAGACUUCAGAAUCUACCAGCAGCCUUCAUUCUCCAUUCCUGAAAGCCCUAAAAACACAGAAUUCCAAAGAGCCUCCAUGCUGUUCACUGCUGGAACAACCAAACAUCGUACACGACCUUCCUGCAGCAGUUCUGAGCUACUGUCAAGUAUGGAAAAUCCCUGCCAUUCUGUACUUGUGUUAUACUGACGUGAUGAAAUUAGACCUCAUUACAGCUGAGGCUUUUAAGCCUGUGCUUUCUUCCAGAAGCUUGAAAGGUUUGGUUAAGAAUAUUCCCCAGAGCACAGAGAUACUGAAGAAAUUGGUGGCAACAAAUGAGAUUCAGAGUAACAUUUAUACGUGAUUCCCGAUGGUUUGUCACUGUCCGUUCCUUGGGGGCAGCAGCAGCAGUUUCAUAGGUUCCUUUUUUUCAAGAAAUAUUUUGAGGGUGUUAAAAACAGAAUAAACUUAUUUUAAAUUCA